GGAGCCCUAGCCUAAGUCCUCGCGAGAGCUGCGGUCUCCGGAGGGGAUGGCCGCGGAGCCGGGCGGACUUGGCCCUUGGCUCCAGGAUCCUGCUCCCUGGCCCGAAACAUGGCCGGGGGUCCUGGCCCACUAACACGGCCUCGCCCCGACACAGUCGCCAUGCCCAAGAGAGGGAAGCGACUCAAGUUCCGGGCCCAAGACGCCUGCUCUGGGCGAGUGACCGUGGCGGAUUAUGCCAACUCGGAUCCGGCCGUCGUGAGGUCUGGAAGGGUCAAGAAAGCCGUCGCCAAUGCUGUUCAGCAGGAAGUAAAAUCUCUUUGUGGCUUGGAAGCCUCCCAGGUUCCUGCAGUGGAAGCUCUUUCUGGGGCUGGUGAGCCUUGUGACAUCAUCGACAGCAGUGAUGAGAUUGAUGCCCAGGAGGAAAGCAUCCAUGAGAGAACUGUCUGCAGAAAAAAGAAAAGCAAGAGGCACAAAGACCUGGACAGGGCUGGAGGAGAAGAGUAUCCCAUGGAUAUUUGGCUCUUGCUGGCCUCCUAUAUCCGUCCUGAGGACAUUGUGAAUUUUUCCCUGAUUUGUAAGAAUGCCUGGACUGUCACUUGCACUGCUGCCUUUUGGACCAGGUUGUACCGAAGACACUACACGCUGGAUGCUUCUCUGCCUUUGCGCCUGCGACCAGAGUCAAUGGAGAAGCUGCGCUGUCUCCGGGCAUGUGUGAUCCGAUCUCUGUAUCAUAUGUAUGAGCCAUUUGCUGCUCGAAUCUCCAAGAAUCCAGCCAUUCCAGAAAGCACUCCUAGCACAUUAAAGAAUUCCAAAUGCUUACUUUUCUGGUGCAGAAAGAUUGUUGGAAACAGACAGGAACCAAUGUGGGAAUUCAACUUCAAGUUCAAAAAGCAGUCCCCUAGAUUAAAGAGUAAGUGUAUGGGAGGAUUGCAGCCUCCCAUUCAGUAUGAAGAUGUUCAUACCAACCCAGACCAGGACUGCUGCCUACUGCAGGUCACCACCCUCAAUUUCAUCUUUAUUCCAAUUGUUAUGGGAAUGAUAUUUACCCUGUUUACUAUCAAUGUGAGCACGGACAUGCGGCAUCAUCGAGUAAGACUGGUGUUCCAAGAUUCUCCUGUCCACGGUGGUCGGAAACUGCGUAGUGAACAGGGUGUGCAAGUCAUCCUGGACCCAGUGCACAGCGUUCGACUUUUUGACUGGUGGCAUCCUCAGUAUCCGUUCUCCCUGAGAGCAUAGCUAUUGCUUCCUGUCACUGAGGGCAGCCCUGAGCUAGGUCAGGCAACUUGUAAUCAGAGUCCACCUUGAAAGUGGCAGCUGGAUUGUAUAUCUGGUCGGUAAUGCACAUGCUCUUCAGGUUUCUGGGGCUCCUGCUAGGGAAGGAGAAGGAUUGAAUCAGUAAGAAAAACAGCUAUAAUUUACAAACAUAUUUUAAUGUAAAAUUUUGCAUUUGAAAGGAAAAACCUGACCCUGUUUUCUGUGUUAAAUCCCAUUUGGUGCUACUGAGUUUGUUGUUCUUUAUUCUUUUAUCCCAGCAAAAAUGGAUGAUCUCGCUUUAGGGAAAAAUUAAACUCUUAAAUCUCCAAACAAGGAAAUUCCAUCAUUCCCUUACGAAUCAGAGGAAUCUUAGAGGCCUAAAAUUGUUGCCAUGUUGCUUCCAAUUUAGCUGUCCCUCAAAUUCGGUGAAUAUUUUCUCUUCUCUCUUUACCCUCCUCCAGAAAUAAAGCAGGUGACAGGGUUUUCAGAAUACAUGAGAUUGACUUGUGUAUCUUUCUUUAAAAAUAAUUUUUGAACAUUUGUCACAUAAAUAUUCUUUUGCCAGUUGUGUAUUCUUGGCUUUUCUUGCAUGAAGCUGAUAGUAGUGAUGAUAAUGAUUUUGUGCCUUUUGUACUAUACUAGAAACUUUUCAGAAUAUCUCUAAUUCUCACAGUUCUGCAAGGUAGGUGACACUCUUCCCAUUCUCUAGCUUAAAACACUGAAUCAAUGACUUACCCAAGGCCAUUGUAUUCAGUAAAUGGAAGAGCCAGGAUUCUAACCCAGGUCCUUUUGCUACGCCACGGUUAAAAAGGUCAGUCUCAUUAUUCUUGUAGCAGAUGGUGGCAAAGCGGAGUAGGCAGAGUGUACAUAGAAUAAAAUAAGAAAGAGGGGUGAGUAGAAAGUUGAUUGUGGUAUCCUUUAUUCCUCAUCAGCCUAAAAGGUAUAUAAGAUUGAUGAUUCUUUUAAAUAUGUGUUUCUAAGUAAAAUAUAAAAUAAACCAAGCAAGUUAUUAUAGGGAGAAUAGUGAUAUUUUCAUUGAAUUGUUAGACAUUUAUCAUGCUGACGAUUGUGUUUAAGAAUGCAUUCCCAAAAAAAAAAAAAAAAAAAAAAAAAAAAGAAUGCAUUCCCAUGUUGAAACCAGACUCCUGCAUUAUAAGAAUUUAGUAACUUUCCUGUGCUCUGCCUUGCCCUGUGCUACCUGGGAGAGCCUGGCUUUUCAUCCCUGCAGAAAUACUAAUGUCCUCUUGGUGAGAGGACUUGCUCUAGCUGGUAUACUCUGAGAAGAGGGUCAUGUUCUUGUUUUGUUCUCCUAACAAGAUAACCUUAUUGCUUGUCUUCCCCCAACCUGCCCUCCACCCAGAUUAGCUACUCUGAAGCUGAAUAUUAGCUAGAUAUUGCCAUGAGGUGGGCAUUAAGACAGUAUUCUUUAAACAUGAAAAUCUCAUGGCCGCAGUUAUUUUCAUGAGCCAGACUGCUUAAAUUAGUGUGUUGUUUUUUCCUUUCCGUUCAUUCUCCCUGCCCCCUCCUAUUUAAAGAAUAUUCUUGGGAAGCAUCUGCUUAAUAUUGCUGCUAACAGCUAGCCUUACCCCACACUGCAGGUGGUAGUAAAGCUGUUUACACAGACAGUGAGUCUGGGUCAGUGAAGAACAGAAUUUGGGCAUUUAAAUGAUAAAAACAAAAAGCCAGGACUAUUAAAGCACUUUACAAAUCUCUAUAAUCAAAAGUUGCCUCUUUGAGGCAGAGGAGAGAAGCACAGAGCCCCUAGUUCCCUGAACAGAAGAUGCCACAGAGCAGAAGGGGGUUGUCUUGGUGGAUUGUGUGUCCCACAUUUAGGAGUUAUUUUUUAAAAGGAUGGGGGAAGUGAAAUAAAUUUAAUAAUUGUCUUAA